AUGAUGAUCUUCAAGCAAUCAUCUGGGAUCGCAUCUUGCAUCCCUGUCAUCUCACAGUUGUGGAUAUCAGCCAUGGCAUUGUCGGACGCCUUUGAAUCCUGUGCGGUGGAACCAGUGACGGAAGGCAAGGAUGGAAAAGCUACACAUAUUGUAGUAGCCUCCGCUGGUGGCUGGAAGACCACUUCUUUCUUUAUUGACUCCUCUGGACACUCGACCUUUGAUCUUCCCCUGAAUCUGUCAUUCGAUUCGAAAGAAAAAAUGGACGAAUUCUUGAAAUCGAAAUGCUUGAAUCCUGCGCCAAAAAAUCUUGUGGAGGAUGAUGAAAGCGCGAAUGCAAAGAAUGACGGGUCGUCUUCAGUUGUUGCGUCGCUUGGGUUUGAAAUCAAGAGUUUUUCAGUGGACGAGUCCAAAAAUGUUGUGGUGGAAUGUGUAAAUGUCGAAGAGUGCCUUAUAGAGGAUACCACGCUUCAGUUUGUUCUAAAGGUGACUGUACGGGCGUCCAAUCAUCAAAUCGAAUCAUUGAAUAAUAAGCAUGGAGGAGACUCUGUGAAUCAAAGUGAUUUGAGUGUUGUCACCAAUCUGGAAGUCGUGCCGGUUCUGACCAUCAAGGAGAAUGCCAGUGAAAAAGAUUCAUCACCUAUCCCUGACCCAAUGACGCUCGAAAUGGCUGCAACACCGCAAUACAUGCGAAAGGCAAAGUUGGUUUCGUCAAAGGAACUAAGACUUAGCCCCAUCAAUCUGAAUCUUUGCCUGACAAAUGCCUUUACAAUUUCCGUCAAAAGUGUUGACGGUCCUACUAUUGGUAACACCCUAAUCUCCUUGACGAUCCGUCAUUCCAAUUCGCAUCAAGAGAAAGUCACGAUAUCGAAUAUAUCAAUGCACCCCGGUCAUUCCAGAUACAAGACUAUUUCCGACAAAAGCAAGAAUCAGUCCGGGGCACAAUAUUCUGUUACAAACAUGACCCAGUCUGUGCAGUGGGGUUAUGCUCCAAAGACUCAGCUAGAUCUACCCCUCACGCUAAAUCCGCAUGAUGCGCAUGCGACGAUUCUAACUGUAGAUGCCAGUGAAGAAAUACAGGGCCGUUCGUUUAUAUCUCCAGUUUCCGUGACAGGCGUGAUUGGCUCGAGCAGCGCGGCUGAUGGCGAGUUGGGAAGUGAGCGAAAGCAUGUGGUGGUAGCUGCAGACGCAAUGUGGUCUACAGGACUCAUUGCUGUCGAACCGACGGAUGCUUUCCGAGUUGAUAUGAAUGUACAAUCAUCCAACGUCGUCUUGGGAGAACCGAUGGUUGUAUCCCUCGAUAUCUUCAAUUUGAGUCUCGAAGCGUGUGAUCUCAUGUUGCUAAUGGCAAAAGACGAAGGUAACCCAGAAGAAGAAGAGACAUCCAAGCACAAGGCUGUAAAUGCUGCCGUCAUAUCGGAAGUGGAUGGGUACAAAUUCGGAGUGUGGGGCAUCUCAGGGGAAGAUGAUGGCACGGUCAAGCUGAUUCGUGACAAUGAACUCUUGGCAAUGGACGCUGCUUUAAUGCUAGGGAAGGUUCAGGGUCAACAUUCCGUCGAAGCAAAAUUGAGAUUUGUUCCCUUGCGGGAGGGGCGACUUCGAGUUCCAAACUGGAAAUUGUACGAUAGAGCAGCAGGUACAUGGUACACCUGUCAUCACAACCUCACAAUUGUGGCUAGUGCGAAGGCAGAAGUUGGUUUUUAA